UACCAUACUACCAUAGAAAAGUGAUAAAACUAUAAAAGAAACGCAGUGUCGAAAACGGAAAAAGUAUAGUUUUAAUAUUAUUUGUUUAACAACAAAACACCUAGUCUUGACUACCGAAUACUUACAACGGUUUAAUUUUAACAAAACAGGUCCAUUGAAUAUGUCUGAAUACGAAUCAUUUGGUGGAGGACGAUUGAAAUUGAAAAAUGAUUCUGGAAUAAAAAAAAAAAAGAAAAAGUGUAAAAAUAAAGAGAAAAUCACAGAAAAAAUGAAUAAAGGAUUAGAACAGGAAAAAGUAACUAAGGAGUACCAUGUACCUUCUACUAAGGCUGAAUUGGCCUUUAUGAAACAACAGGAAAAAUUGCAAAAAGAAAAAAUUCUGAAAAUUGCAUCUACUACUCACAAACAAAGAGUCGAGGAAUUCAAUCGCCAUUUGGACAACUUAACAGAGCAUUUUGAUAUACCUAAAGUUAGUUGGACAAAAUAGAGAUAUUCUUAUAAAAUUAUUUUUGUACAUAAUAAAAAAUUUAAGUUCUGUCAUUUAAAAUAAUUAUGGUAUAUUAUACUAUAAUAUACAAAAUACAAUAUGUAUUAGCAUUUAGUACAUACAACUUUUUACACUAAAAUAAUUUUUAAUACAA